AUGCCGGAACGAAAAGCGUCGAAGGCCAGAAAAGAAGCGUCAAAAAAGGCUCACGAAGCCCGUGGUUCUGGAUCGAAAUCGAGAAUAUCUCGUGAUUUUGAAAAACUGAAGAAUGCUGGAUGGACGAUUGAAGAGCGUCCGAAGUCGUCUUCUGGCAAAUCGUUGCAGUUCAGUUAUAGGAAUCCCGAGGGCAAAUCUCUCAAAAGCGCCGAAGAAGUAAAGCGGCAAUUACAUGCUGAAGGAAGACUUGAAGAAUUCGUAUUGAAUGCAACAGAGAACCGAAACCAGGUGCAAGAGCUUUGGUUUCGACGGUCGAAUGAUUUACCGUCCUCUGAUGAAACCGACGACUCUGAUUAUGAGCCCCCAAUGGAAAAACAAUCGAUGAAAGAAAUCAAGCACGAUAAAGGGUGAGUUUUGAUAUUUAUAAUAAUAUUUACUGGCUCAUACUGAAACACUGAGACCAACAGUCAUCGCUUUACUGGUCUUAAAAUUUUUGGACUCUAAUUGCGUGGAACCAUUGGGUGAAUACCGAUUGUUUCGCGACUCAUUCUUGGGAAUUUUGCCUCUUUCGCUCCUCUCUCUUCGGAAAAACCUUUGGGAUCAGAGGAUUCGCAGAUACUCUGGGAUCAAUAGGAUUCGCAGUUUACGAUGUCUGUAUGUUAGCACAACAACGUUCUCUGAAGUGUGUUUCACAAUCUCCGUAUAAGAGAUUGAAAAUUGUAUAAAUCUGUCUGCAGUGCCGUAACCAGACCAAACGGCCAACUGAGGCAGGCGGGAGUUGCUAGGGGGGUUCGGGGGCAUGCCCCCCGAGAAAUUUUGAACUUUAGUCUCUCGGAAAUGCGAUUUGCAGCGUUUUCUGGGCCUUUCGGUAACUGUUUUUCGAGUUAAUUUAAGUGGAAUUUAAAAAGCAAUAAUCAGAAACAAGCUACAUAAUCUGGGUGACCGUUAACCUCGCCAAUGGUUUUGAUCAGUAUUUGUUCAAAAAAAAUUUGAGUUAACGUACGUAGCCCCUUGAGAUCGAUGAUAUGGUAAUUUUUUCAUAGUAUAUUGACUGAAUUGCUGAAUUCUUUGUAAUAUCAUGAUGCGUUAAAAAUAUCCGAUGAUCGCUUAUCUAAAAUAAAAAUGAUCGGCGAAAUUCGUCAAAAUUUUACCGAGGCGAGUGCCUCGGUUGGCCUCAUACUAGCUACGGCGCUGGUCUGUCUAAGGGAGUUACAUCGAGUGCUCACGAGCAUGAAGUUGAAAUUGACAUUUCACUCUGAUAUUAUAUUUUUUGUAGAGUUGAAGUUCCAGAAGGACUGUUCAUAGCGACAACCUCCAGCAUUGUUGAUUUUGUCGGCGAAGUAAAUAAAUAUUUCAAGUGCACAUCAAACAAUGGAAGAUGUAGAGGUGAGAUAUAAAUAUCUAGGGUCUACAAUAUGUUAUUAGAAUAGCAGGUGGCCCAGUGACAGGGAUUUUGUGUGAAAGAUACAGAGUUUGUCUGUGAACUGAGAGCCAGGGUAAAUAAAAUUAGACUCAAACUCUCCCUUUUUAAAUUGGGAUUUCAUUCUUUCAUUGAGGGACAGACAUUGAUGCUAGUGCCUAACAUCAGCCAAAGUUUCAAGACUACCAACAAAUGGCAGCAAUUUUUUAGUUAAAGCAGGUUUGAUUGUUGAUCAUAUAUGGCUAGAUUAGGUAAUGUUGUACAUAACACUCAAAUUGCUUGGAGAAAUUUAUGUUAUUCAAUGUAAACUUUUUAAGUAUUUACCAAAUCAGUGAAUUGCAAUUUUCACGCGUUUUGAUUGGCUCCCGUAACUCGAAAUAUCCUUGGCUAUUCACUGUUUUGCAACCGAAGCCAAGAUGGCAACUCGUUGCCAGACAUUCAUUUGAGCUAUAAAUGGAGCAGUCAUACAAACAAAUACCAAGAAAGCGAUGAACUUUGGCUUGAAGGUGUGUACUGGUACGUAGAAAAUUAUUUUCUUGCUGAAUUUGCAACAAAAUCAUAAAAAAUGAUCCCAGGAACGAUGUCAAUUGAAACAUAAACAAACUCUUAACUAAGACGAAUGACUUGUUCUUUCACAAAAAGAUACUUUUGUAAAAAUUUACAUUUAACUGAUUUGGUAAAUACUAAAACAACUAUACCCCUCAGGGUCAGUUCAUAGCGCUAGAAAUAUACCUGGACGCUUCGCGUCUGGGUAUAUCUACCACUAUUCACCUCCCCUUUGGGGGAUAGUUGUAUAGUAUUUUGUCUCAGCCACCUGUGCUUAGAAAGAUAAGGUAGCUCAAUUCUGAAAAUGCAAAGUGUUCACAUGCCUCGUUGUUUGAAAAUACUCAAUUUCACAUAGUGAAAAAUGAUCGAUACAACUAUUGCUGUUUUGCUAGAGGUCGUGGCCCUCUCAGUCAUAAGUGCUCUCACAAUUCCAUAAAGUUGUAGGAGUUCAUACCAUAAUUUUUCUAACACAGUUACCUUACAUGAUUUUCCCACUCAAACUUAUUUCACAGGCCAACUUGUUCUUACAGCAUAUGGCAAAAAAGGAUUUGGAGGGGCAAUGGUCUUUUCCUUCAAAUGUUGUGGUUGCUGGACUGUUGAGAUCGAUUAUAAGCGUAGUUACCUUGCCCAAGAAUCCAGACGACAAUUAGUGUCCUUGGCCAUCUCUUUAGCCUUUUUUAUUAGUGGGCAUGGUUAUGCUGGGUACAGAAAGACCUUAGGAAGAGGCUUAGGAUUGGGAAUUGUUUCUGAGAAGCCUUUCUUAGAAGUUGUGGAUCUAGCCCUCCCCUAUAUUAAGUCGAUGUUGGAUGAGAUGUGUGAAGACGGAAAGGAGAAGAUGAAGGAACUCCCAGCCGACCAGAUAGGCAGCUGGUCUAGAGCUGUUACUUGUUGUGAUGGGUGUUGGUUGAUUAGAGGGCAUUUCAGUCAAAACUGCACAUUCGUGAUCAAGAAUUAUAUUACUGGUGCCCUUCUUUAUUAUGGGCAUCUCUGUAUGAGAGGAGCUGACACCAUUUGUGAUGAGGAACUCUGGCAGGGGACAGCCAAGUCAGCUGAGGGGCAUCUCAGUGAAGUGCUAUGGGCCAAAGCCAAAGAAGAGGGGCUAAAAGUGGAAGUCAACUGGCAGGAUGCUGACUCUUCCUCAGCCAAGGGGUUUCGCCUGUCAUACUCAAGUGAACAAGAGAGUCGAAUUAUGUUGUGUGGGGGCCAUGUUGGAAGGGCCCAUGGGAAGAAGCUUGACGAGCUUAAAACAAAGUCAUCAUUUUCAUCUGCUUUUAUUGCGUUACACAAAAGAGAAUUUCCGUCAACUGAAUCUGUCAAAUGUUGUUGUGUUGGUAAAAAUCAUACAUUUGUUGCCACAAGAACCAAACCUGUUUGUGGGUGUAUUGGUCCGGGUUUCAUCCAAAAUGCAAAGCGAAACCACUAUUGUGCCAUGGUCCAUGCUGGAAACAGCCCAGACAAAUACAGACAAACUAUGUUGCCCCUUGGAAAGUACCACUGUAGAGAUAUUCACGAAUGGCAGGGGGGUUCCUGCAGCUUUCAUCCACUGACUAAAUGUAGCUGUAAAAAGUGUGAAGCAGACGUUGAUGGAUUUUAUGCAGAACUCAAAUGUUCCGGUGAAGAAUAUCACUCAGCUCACAUUGUGUGA